UUGUUUUUCAAGAAUGCUAUAAAGUAUCCAAAAAAUGUAUUUUUUGGACACCCUUUUUGGCUGUAGAUUGAAUUCUUGAAGUAUCUAGCUUGGUGAGUGACCUUUUUUUUAUUAAAAUUAGCCUUUUUUAUGGAGUUUUUGUUGUUAAUUGUUUUUUCAAAAAUGUUACAAAGUACCCAAAAAUACCCAAUGAAUGUAUUUUUUGGACACCCUUUUUGGUUGUAGAUUGAAUUCUUGAAGUAUCUAGCUUUGUAAGUGAGCCCUUUUUGAUUAAAAUUAGCUUUUUUAUGGAAAUUUUAGUGUUAAUUGUUUUUCAAGAAUGCUAUAAAGUGCCCAAAAAUACCCAAAGAAUGUAUUUUUUGAACACCCUUUUUGGUUGUUAGAUUGAAUUCUUGAAGUAUCUAGCUUUGUAAGUGAGCCCUUUUUGAUUAAAAUUAGUUUUUUUAUGGAAAUUUUAGUGUUAAUUGUUUUUCAAGAAUGCUACAAAGUACCCAAAAAUACCCAAAGAAUGUAUUUUUUGGACACCCUUUUUGGCUGUAGAUUGAAUUCUUGAAGUAUCUAACUUUGUAAGAUGAUUAAAGUUAGCAUUUUUAUGGAGUUUUUGUUGUUAAUUGUUUUUCAAGAAAGGUAUAAAGUACCCAAAAAAUGUAUUUUUUGGACACCCUUUUUGGUUGUAGAUUGAAUUCUUAAAGUAUCUAGCUUGAUAAAGAUUCAAGUAAUAGGAUUACUGCAGAACAUCUACUGACCAUUGAAAAGAUAAUGAACGUGGGUGAUCAUAGCAGCAGUGAUGGUGCCAGUGAGAAGUCGUUGACAACUUCAGCACAGGAAAAAGGUAGUAGGAACAAGAGGAAGUUCUUAUCCGAGUUUCCGCUAGAUGUUCCUAUUGAUACACCUUCUCUGUCCCUCACAGAAUUUCCGAGAUAUGAGCUAUUAGAUGAAAAACUUCGAAGCACAUCUAACGAGGUCCGUUCACUUGAAGGCAAGUGUCAUCAGUCCAAUGAGAAACAAGGAGUGGAAACCUUACAACACGCUGACUGGGAUGAUACAAUCGCAUGUCAGCUAAUGGAACUUUUAUUUCAUAACUUGUCUGCAACUUUUCAGAGUGCAAUCAAGAGGAUUGUUGAAUGCGGAUAUAGUGAGGAAAUAGCUGAAUGGGUCAUUUUGAGGAGUGGCCUUUAUCAUGGCAGCAAAGAUGCUGUCUCGACUAUUGUUGAUGGUGCCUUGGCUUUUUUAAGUAGGGAAAAAGAAUUGGAUACUUCGAUGUCUCUCAUAUUUGAGGAUUUGAGUAGCCUGGUGGAGUACACGAUGUUGGAGAUGAUAUGUGUACUUAGGGAGGUUAAGCCAGAUUUUACGGUUGCUGAAGCAAUGUGGUGUCUGUUAAUAUGUGAUUUGAACCUGUUACAUGCGUGUGCCAUAGAAGGAGAUCUUCUGGGCGAUCUAUGCAGUUUGGAAAGUCCGAGAGAAAGCUCAUCCGAUUCAAAACUCGCUCAACCAAAGGAGGCUUCCGUAGUUAGUCAGUCGGACCUGGAUAAAAUACAGUCGUCGAAACCUUCAGUGGCAAUUUCUAAAAGUUUGCAGUCUGAAGAUCCUUGUGAUCAUGCAGUCGUUCAAUUGUCUAAUUCUAUAUGCUCACAUCUUCAUGAAGUGGAAAUUACAGCAAAGAGAAGUUCAGCUCGUCUUCCAGUAGCGAAGAGCAAGUCUGCAGGGGUUAGCGGGGAGAGUAUACUGUCUAUAACAAAAGCUGCAAUUUUAGAAGAAAAAGGUGGAAACGGGAGAAGGGGAUCGUCUCUGAACUCCAAGAAAGAUAUGCUUAGGCAAAAGACGUUUCAUUUCGAGAAAAGCUAUAGAGGUCGUAUGAGUAAGGGUUCCUUUAAAGCAAAACUCACCACCUGGAGCAAUAUGGUUUUGGACAAGACGCUGAGCUCUGAAUCUUGUUCUUCUGGUCUCGUAAUGAAGAGUACUUACUCUAAGGUAGCGAAUACAGUUAAAAGCAAUGGCCCUUUAGCCGGAGGCUGUUCUCAUAGUUCAUGCACCUCCUCCUCCGUUGCACCUUCAAGUGAAACUGGUAGUGGGCCAGCGACCCAAGAUACUGUUUGUGCGUUGCCUGCUGUUAACACAAAUACUCCUGCAUCUCUAGUUCCGGAGCCCAAGUCUUCCUCAAAGGCCCCAGGCAGCAUUCCUGCCCCUCCUAAAUUUCUAGACUAUUAUACUGGUAUCCCAUACGAUGAGUCUUUGGGGAAACAUGUCCCACAAAAUGAGAAAGACGAAACUAUAUUGUUGCUAAUUUCUCGUAUGCAGACACUGCAGAAAGAGCUCCAAGGGUGGACUGAUUGGGCCAAUGAGAAGGUUAUGCAGGCUGCUCGGAGGCUUGGCAAGGACCAGGGGGAGCUUAAAAUGCUAAGGCAAGAGAAAGAAGAGGCUGAGAAAAUUCAGAAGGAAAAGCAAAGUCAGGGAGAAUGCAACAUGAAGAGGCUCUCCGAAAUGGGGUAUGCAUUGUCAAAUGCCGGCGGCCAAAUUGAGAUGGCUAACUCUACUCUUCACAGACUUGAGGUGGAGAAUGCUGUGCUAAAGAAAGAGUUGGAGGCUGCAACGCUGGCUGCCCUGGGGUCUGCUACAAACUUCCACCAAGCUGUUGCGAGGGAGCAAGAGAUACUGAAGAAGUGUCAAGCACGGGAGAUGGAGAAGGGCUCACUGCAGGAAGAUUUCUCAACCUUGAAACGAGAAGCAGCUCAUCUCGAGCAGGAACUAGAGAAAGCCAGAAAACGCCAGAACCAGUUUAAGGUUCUGUCGGAGCAGCAGGAGCGAGAGAAACAAAGGUAUCUUCAGCAGGCCGAUUCCAUAAAGGCGGAAAGGGUGAAACUGGGCGUUCAGAGUAAAACGGAGGAGGAUAACAUGAGAGAAACGGCAGAGAGCAACAUGAAGAAAUGCAAAGAAGAUAUCCGGAAGCUCGAGAGUGAAAUCUCUCUACUGAGAUUUCAGUCCGAAGGUUCAAAAAUCGAAGCACUCAGAAGAGGCAUCAACAACAUGGAACUGCAAUCUCCUAAAAUCACAAAGAGCUUGGCUUCCGUCUUCAAGCAAAACCUUGGUUCCGCUAGCGUGGAAAUCGAGAGGGAGUGCGUUAUGUGUUUGAGCGAGGAAAAAACAGUCGUUUUCCUCCCAUGCGCUCAUCAGGUUCUUUGCGCACAGUGCAACGUGCUUCAUGAAAAGCAAGGAAUGAACGACUGUCCUUCUUGUAGGACGCCAAUCAAGAAGCGGAUCAAUGUUCAAUUCGCUCGCGCUUUUAGAAGCUAGCGCCAGAAUCAUUGUCGAUGGGACAAACGAUAGAUUUUAUCGAUUCAUAUUGUCCCCUUUUUUGGACUUCAUUAGUUGAUACAAAAAUGCAAGAAGGUAUAGAUAGAUAGGUAGAAAUGAGUACUAAAAGAGUGUAGAAUAUUUGUAAAGUUUUGGUAAAAGUUUUAACUAUCAAAGUAUGAGAUCUUCUUGUAUAAUGGCUUAUUCUUGCUACAUCAUUCUUUUGGUUAUC